CUCGAUAUGUAGAAUCUGAUCAAAAUCGAAAAAUGAAUUUAAAAAAAAAAAAAAAAAUACUUACUUAAAAAGCCCUUCGAAUUGAACGUGUGAAAAACAUAACAUAAGAUUUGAGCCCAUCAAAGUAGAACGUUUAAGAAAAAGAGAUAACGAAACGACUCCAUCCACACUCCUACUUCCUACUUGCUUCCCAUCAAACAUGGGCGCGUAGGGUUGAUAAAAAUUGGGGGAAAAGUAAAACAACACAACAAAGAAUAUUUUUCAUAAUUUGCAUAAUGCCCUUUUGGAACUCUAAUUUGUUUAUUCAAUUCGGACAAAAAUCAAAUUAAAUGGUCUGAUUUCCUGCGUAUUGUUAGGGAUUUGUACACACAGAUCUGCUAUUAUUGUCUUUAACAAUUUGGUUUCGUUUUUACUCGAUCAGCUCUGGUUGUCAUGGUCGUGGUUGUUUGUUCAUAAUCCACGGCUGCCGGCGGUGAACACGGUGUGCGAGAUAUGAUGUUUACGCGUUUUCUUUAUUCGUAGAUCUAUCUCAUUGUUUAUGAGCUGACAUCGACGUCCAAUCUGGUUUUCGUUAGUUGUUAGGGAAUGGAUUUAGAUGAAUUUAAGGCGAUUUUAUCGAAUUCAAGGGUGGAUGUUUGGGAAAUUAUUGAUGCGGCUAUAACGGUAGCUUCAUCGGAUUAUGCCGGAGAGCUUAAGCAUCGUAGAGAUGGAAUCGUGGAGCGGCUGUUCACGCAGCAGUGUAGCAAUUGCGACGGGAAUCAAAUUGAGCAGCAGCGGAAUGGUGUAAUCCGGACGAUUUCAAAGGAGGUGGAUGAUGAUUGCGGAAGAGAAGGAGGAGGAGGAGGUGAUUCGCCGUUAACUCCGCAGUCGAUUCCCCAUGACGACGAAGAUGAAGAAGACCCAGAUCCGUAUGGAGGGUUGUUCGAUGAUGAACAGAGUAAAAUUCUUAGAAUCAAAGAACAGCUUGAAGAUCCACACCAGACUGAUGAUGCUGUCGUUGAUUUGCUUCAAACUCUUGCUGAUAUGGAUCUAACUUUCACAGGCCUCAAGGAAACUGAUAUAGGAAGACAUGUCAAUCAACUUCGAAAACAUCCAUCUAACGAAGUAAGAAGAUUGGUGAAGCAACUAGUUAGAAAAUGGAAAGAUUUGGUGGAUGAGUGGGUUGGAUCCAAACGUGGUGAUCAUGCUCAAUCUACUCUAACAGAUGGGGAUUCACCUUUGGUACAAAACAUAGUAAGGAGUUCCCAAAAUGGUUAUCACCAGGGGCCUGAUUUUGGCUACUCUCCUAACCCACACAAUGGGAGUUCUGGUUCUGAAAGGAAUAAUUCUGAACCAGAGCAAAGACCGAAAGCAGUUGUUUCCAAGAAACCAACACCUUCAAGACCUUUACCCCAAUCUCGCCCUAUGAAUCUUGCUUCUGCUUCUAUUCCUCCAAACCGACCAAGGAAGGAACAAAACAUUGACCUUGACCUUGACCGGCUAGCUUCAGCCAGCAAGCGGCUUCAAGAGAAUUACCAAGAAGCCCAAAAUGCCAAAAAGCAAAGAAAAAUACAAGUGAUGGAUAUUCAUGAAAUACCCAAGCCCAAAAAUGGUUUUAUUGCCAAGAAUAAAGGCAACUUUCAGGGUUCAACUGGAUCUAAAGUCGAAGAAUUCACAUGGCAUAUGCAUAUCUUUAAUGAACAUGUCAACAUAUUGAUAGGAAAAAGGAACAAAGAUCAUAAAGUAAUCGUAAGAAAAUACAUGAAACUUUACAAAGGGUUUGAGGGAGCAAUGCACGUAAAGCACAAAGACGAGGAGCAGGUCAAGAUCCACAAUGUGACAUGA